UUGCGUCUACAAACACAAAAUCGGGAUUUGUGACAACUUUGCGAAAACUUCACGCGCUAGUAAAUUUUUACUUUUUCUAUUAAGUAUUAUGGAUAUAUCCUCAAACACAAAAGAAUAAAUGCAUUUUAUUCAUAUUUAAUAUAAAUAAUAUAUAAUCUGUGCAGUGAGUGAAUUUUAUAUAGUGUAGCAGGCAAUCGGCACUUAAUCGUAGAAACAUGCAGCAGAUGAUGGAAACGAUGGAUGCCUCAGGAUCAGCCAAUGAAUCUGAAACACCAACAGACGCGCCUGUUCUUAUGGAAACAGAUGAACCUACUGAGCCUGCUGCAUCUACCGCUGGCAUAACAAAUGCAGGUAAUAACGCCAAUGCAGAAGGCGGCAUCGACAAUACUGCUAGUGCAGAAUCUGGCCCUACAACUUCUGACGAAACGAAUGAUAACAACAACGUAAACGAGAACAGCAGUCAAGCUGGUGAUCAACACAACGGUGUGUCUUCAAGCACCGAUAUGCCACCGCCGCAGCCAACUGGAAAUGUGGCUGCGGGAGAAAAUGAAGCUUUAGCAACUACUCCAUCAGGGCCACCUAUAGAUGAAGAAGAUGCUAAAUGGCAUACAGUGGGCAUUUAUAAUGGACUUAACGCUACCGUUUCUUCGUACAUUGAUAAUAGCAUAUGGUCAUCUUCUGGUUUAAAAUUGACAUCUAGAAACUUACCGGAUCUUUCAACAAUUCAACGUGUUAACCUUGAACCUGGCACAGCUUAUCGUUUUCGCUUGCGCGCUAUCAAUACUUGCGGUGCUAGUGAUUGGAGUGAGAUAUCAAGCUUCAAAACUUGUUUACCCGGCUUUCCAGGCGCACCAUCAGCUAUAAAAAUAUCAAAAUCAUCCGAGGGCGCCCAUCUCACCUGGGAGCCACCACCGAGCUGUGUAAACUCUAAUGAAAUCAUCGAAUACUCGGUUUAUUUGGCUGUAAAACCAGGUAAAGAUAAGGAUGGUAAGCCUAUUGGUGCUGGUGCACGUCUACCAGCCCAACUUGCAUUUGUACGCGUCUAUGUGGGCGCAGCUAAUCAAUGUACGGUAGCACAUUCGUCCUUGGCGACAGCACAUGUGGAUUGCUCAAACAAGCCAGCUAUUAUAUUCCGCAUUGCAGCGCGAAACGACAAGGGUUACGGGCCGGCGACGCAGGUUAGGUGGCUGCAGGAUCCAGUACAGACUGGCUCAUCUCCAGGCGGUAGUUUGGCUGGCAAUACGGGUAGCAUACAGUCUCCAACACGCAUCAAGCCAGAAUUGGGAAGUGCAUCGCCAAAUAAACGUUUUAAGAGCAGUGGAGGAGCAGGUGGGGGUGGACGCACUGUUUUGCCUUGAGUGGGUUUACAAUUAGCAAAUCAUGCGCAGGACACUAAUAUUUAGUUUGUAAGUAAUAUUUUAUAAAUAAAAUAACAAAUGCAAUUCAAAAUUAAUCUCUCUGUAAAUGUUGAUUCAAAUGUAAACAGUCGAUUAAAUUUUCGUCAUCCAUAAAGGCAUGGUUCCCAGUUUCAUACAGCGUUUACAUUAUACUUCCCGAGAUUAUCUGUAAGCACAUUAUAAAAAUUCCGGUUUUUUUGUAUGUACAUGUGCAAGACCUUUGAAUCAAUAAAAUUAAUUACGAUUGCAAA